AUGGAGAGAGAUGCAGGUGAUGGGGUUCUGCUGGACUGUCCCUGGGUACCAGUGUGUAUCAGUGGGUCUCAGCUUCUGGCCAAGACCUGGUUUGGGGACACAGCGUACCGCAUCCUGCUCACUGACCUGCACUCUGUGUGGGAGGAGGAGAUGGACACCACAGCCAUCCAGGACAGAGCUCAGGCAAGGAGGAGGACACAUACACACACACAUACACAAACUAAAGUACAUUUCAACAACCUUUGAAAAAAUGUCCUCUCUGUCAUAACAGGAGCUGAACAGGCGAUUGCGGGCUCCCGUCCUUGCCUUCUUCUCUCACCUGUGUGUGGUGGCUCGCCCCUGUCUGUCUGGACAGGUGGACGUAGGGGUGGAGAACGGGGGUGCAACGGCUCAGUUGUCCCUCAACCCCCACGGCGGUGACAUCAACCUGAAGUUGAAGAGUGAGCUGGCGGGGGUGCCCUUCUACUGGGAGUUCCGCUGCACCCUUGCCCCUGUGGCUUUGGUAAGAUCCAUAAUCCAUAGACUUAACUGAACAACAACUCUAUGCUCAACUCUCACUAAACUUUUGUAUGUAUGUGUGUGUGUCUGCUCUUUUUCUUUAUGUGUGUGUGCGCGUUCGCGUUCCAUGACUAAUGGUUGUGUAAUGCGUAUUGGUGUGUGCUAUUAGGCAUGCAGUCAGCUGGUGCGCCCCCUGCUGUUGAUGAGCAGGUUACUGCAGAGGCAGGUGGGCCAACUGGGAGCUCUUCUGGCCAGGAAAGACACUGAGAUCCAAGACUAUAGGGACAAUGGGGCAGUGCUAAGCAGAGGUAGGCUCUACACACACCGAAACACAAAUACACUCAUUAAACACCACACACACACACACACACACACACCUGUUCCUCUCUCAUUUGUGUGUGUGUGUGUUUUGCAGAGCGUUUGCAGACAGAGUUGUUUGAGGAGCAGAGCUAUAGAGAGAACUUCCUGACACAGGUAAGUUUCAUACAGUCACAAUCGCAGGCAUACUGACCACACAUAGUUGAUAGGAAUGGUUACAAGAUAGGAAGAAUAUAUUACUGGGAAAGAGGAAGUCUGGCAAGAGCCUUUGAAUACUCAGCUUAGUAAGGAAGCCACAAUAAACCAGGUUUCUGCUGCAAUAUUUAGUGUGUGUGCCUUUCUCUGGGCGUGGCCUUCCAUAAACAAGGUUAUUAUUGACAUCUAGUGUUCUACUUAUUGGAUGGUUGUCUGUCCUUGUUUUAUCCAGUGAUCACUGACCGAGUAGUGUGUCCACACUUUUGUAAAGACCUUUGUUGUUUUUAUAAUGAAGUUCUACCUUAACCUUUAUCUAGACCUGAUAGACAGUUGUGUAUUCAUGCUUUAAAAGAAAUGCUUUGUUUGCACAAGGCGCGGAUUUUGCACAGUUGCAUGGCACCCUGGAUGGCCCAGGUAGGGCUGGGUCCUUGCUCAGCCAACUGGUGGCUGUAGUUGAUUCUGGGCUAGGGGCAUUGUAGCCAUGAGGUGGCUGGUGGGAGGUUCUGGGUUUGGCUGGAUCAUGGCCAAGUACAUUUCCCGCUGGGUUAGGGCCGGGUAAAGAGGCUUGGAGGACCCGAUGGGCCCGUGUAUCUCCAUAAUAGCCUUGGUAGCCUCCUCGGGGGAGGUGAGGCUGAUAAACCCCUUACUGCUGCUGACCUCAGUCAUCACCUUGGCACAAGAGCUGGCACAAUGGCCAUAUAAUCGUGUGACCGGUCAUAACCGUAUUUUUUUUGGGGGGGACAAUUGUGGAACGAACAGCUUAAUGAAGACGGGACGGCUGGGCAUUCGUUGAGUCUGUUUCUGUGGUUACCUGGACUCUUUACAACAUGAUGAGACUUUGUUGCUCCUAGCUGUAGCAAACAAGGCUUUGGUUGCCUAGGCAACGCUCCACUUCCUGCAGCACAUGCAGUCAGGAGUGGAGAAGGAGAAAAUGUGCGUCUUUAAAAUAAAAAAUAACUAAAACAUUUUGCUACUCAAACGAUUAUAACGCUGACCACGGUCAUUAGGCUGGCCAAUAACCGUCAUCCAAAAUUCCAUGACCAUCACAGCCCUACUUGGCACUUAUGAUGGUUUCUGCACAGGGAAAACAACUGUCUUAGACCAUCGUCAUCCACUCCUUCAUCCAGAUUCUUGAUGUAUAUAUAGGUUUACGCUCUUCUGUUACAUAGCCUCCUGGGUUGCCCGGUGAGGGCUGGUUCCCUGCUCAGCCAGGGUCCUUAAUCUUACCCCACCCAAAAUACUAACCUCCCCUGUUAUUGAUAAUUAUGCUUCCAACUUUCUCACUCAUUAUUGACGUUUCAUUCAUGAUUAUCCGUAAUCAUGGUGGCAUCCACAUUAUCGUAGAAGUGUUUAGAAUCAUUAUUUUCUUAUUUCCAAUAAAAGUGACUCCAAAAUGACACAAUAUGUUAUUCAACAUUCAGUUCCUACAUUCAGUUCAUAUUCCCAACAAACUCCAAACGCAUCGAACAAGUUUGUAAAGUCACAAGCUUGAUGUAGUCGUUGUAUGCUAGGAAUAUGGGACCAAAUACUAAACUUUUGACUGCUUUAAUACACUAUAAGUUAAUUUUUUUUUCAAAUACUUAUGACACCUUCAAAUGGGAGGGGCUAGAUACACAAAGUGCUUUUCAUUUCUAAUCUAAACGGUAAAACAUAUGUAUGGAAAUACCCCCCCAAAUAAAAGGUGACUGUGUCCUGUCGCCUCAUAUGAAACAUGCUGGAGGACAGUAGAAAGUUGUAGCUGCCUAAAUAGAUAUGGAGGGGAGUGUAUGUGCAGUCAGGUCCCAAAUGAUUGGCACCCUUGAGAAGGGGGAGCAGAAAUGACUAUAUGAAAUAAAAAGCAGAUUAAGCAAACACUAAUUGAGUUAAUUUGUUUGUCCAAAAUAGUGCUUUAUUCUAAGAUUAUACCUUGAAUACUUUCUAUUUAUAAAUUGGAUGACUUGCUCAUGUGUUAACAGUAGUUUGGUCCCCUGGUAGUUUAAUGAGCCUGUGUUUUACAGUGCCUUGCAAAAAUAUUCAUCCCCAUGGCGCUUUUCCUAUUUUAUUGCAUUACAACCUGUAAUUUUAUUUUAUUUUUAUUUGGAUGUCAUGUAAUGGACAUACACAGUCCAAUUUGGUGAAGUGAAAUGAAAAAAAAUAACGUGUUUCAAAAAAUUCUAAAAAAUAAAUAACGGAAAAGUGGUACGUGCAUAUGUAUUCACCCCCUUUGCUAUGAAGCCCCUAAAUAAGAUCUGGUGCAACCAAUUACCUUCAGAAGUCAAAUAAUUAGUUUAAUAAAGUCCACCUGUGUGCAAUCUAAGUGUCACAUGAUCUCAGUAUAUAUACAGUGGGGCAAAAAAGUAUUUAGUCAGCCACCAAUUGUGCAAGUUCUCCCACUUAAAAAGAUGAGAGAGGCCUGUAAUUUUCAUCAUAGGUACACGUCAACUAUGACAGACAAAUUGAGAAAAAAAAAUCCAGAAAAUCCCAUUGUAGGAUUUUUAAUGAAUUUAUUUGCAAAUUAUGGUGGAAAAUAAGUAUUUGGUCACCUACAAACAAGCAAGAUUUCUGGCUCUCACAGACCUGUAACUUCUUCUUUAAGAGGCUCCUCUGUCCUCCACUCGUUACCUGUAUUAAUGGCACCUGUUUGAACUUGUUAUCAGUAUAAAAGACACCUGUCCACAACCUCAAACAGUCACACUCCAAACUUCACAAUGGCCAAGACCAAAGAGCUGUCAAAGGACACCAAAAACAAAAUUGUAGACCUGCACCAGGCUGGGAAGACUGAAUCUGCAACAGGUAAGGAGCUUGGUUUGAAGAAAUCAACUGUGGGAGCAAUUAUUAGGAAAUGGAAGACAUACAAGACCACUGAUAAUCUCCCUCGAUCUGGGGCUCCAUGCAAGAUCUCACCCCGUGGGGUCAAAAUGAUCACAAGAACGGUGAGCAAAAAUCCCAGAACCACACGGGGGGACCUAGUGAAUGACCUGCUGAGAGCUGGGACCAAAGUAACAAAGCCAACCAUCAGUAACACACUACGCCGCCAGGGACUCAAAUCCUGCAGUGCGAGACGUGUCCCCCUGCUUAAGCCAGUACAUGUCCAGGCCCGUCUGAAGUGCAUUUGGAUGAUCCAGAAGAGGAUUGGGAGAAUGUCAUAUGGUCAGAUGAAACCAAAAUAUAACUUUUUGGUAAAAACUCAACUCGUCAUGUUUGGAGGACAAAGAAUGCUGAGUUGCAUCCAAAGAACACCAUACCUACUGUGAAGCAUGGGGUUGGAAACAUCAUGCUUUGGGGCUGUUUUUCUGCAAAGGGACCAGGACGACUGAUCCGUGUAAAGGAAAGAAUGAAUGGGGCCAUGUAUCGUGAGAUUUUGAGUGAAACCCUCCUUCCAUCAGCAAGGGCAUUGAAGAUGAAACGUGGCUGGGUCUUUCAGCAUGACAAUGAUCCCAAACACACCGCCCGGGCAACGAAGGAGUGGCUUCGUAAGAAGCAUUUCAAGGUCCUGGAGUGGCCUAGCCAGUCUCCAGAUCUCAACCCCAUAGAAAAUAUUUGGAGGGAGUUGAAAGUCUGUGUUGCCCAGCGACAGCCCCAAAACAUCACUGCUCUAGAGGAGAUCUGCAUGGAGGAAUGGGCCAAAAUACCAGCAACAGUGUGUGAAAACCUUGUGAAGACGUACAGAAAACGUUUGACCUGUGUCAUUGCCAACAAAGGGUAUAUAACAAAGUAUUGAGAAACUUUUGUUAUUGACCAAAUACUUAUUUUCCACCAUCAUAUGCCAAUAAAUUCAUUAAAAAUCCUACAAUGUGAUUUUCUGGAUUUUUUUUUCUAAUUUUGUCUGUCAUAGUUGACGUGUACCUAUGAUGAAAAUUACAGGCCUCUCUCAUCUUUUUAAGUGGGAGAACUUGCACAAUUGGUGGCUGACUAAAUACUUUUUUUCCCCACUGUACACCUGUUCUGAAAGGCCCCAGAGUCUGCAACACCACUAAGCAAGGGGCACCACCAAGCAAGCGGCACCAUGAAGACCAAGGAGCUCUCCAAACAGGUCAGGGACAAAGUUGUGGAGAAGUACAGAUCAGGUUUGGGUUAUAAAAAAAUAUCUGAAACUUUGAAGAUCCCACGGAGCAACAUUAAAUCCAUUAUUAAAAAAUUGAAAGAAAAUGGCACCACAACAAACCUGCCAAGAGAGGGCCGCCCACCAAAACUCACGGACCAGGCAAGGAGGGCAUUCAUCAGAGAGGCAGCAAAGAGACCAAAGAUAACCCUGAAGGAGCUGCAAAGCUCCACAGCGGAGAAUCUGUCAAUUUUUUAAAACAUUUUAGUCAUUUUAGCAGACGCUCUUAUCCAGAGCGACUUACAGUUAGUGAGUGCAUACAUUUUUCAUACUGGCCCCCCGUGGGAAUCGAACCCACAACCCUGGCAUUGCAAGCGCCAUGCUCUACCAACUGAGCUACACGGGACCAGGACCACUUUAAGUCGUACACAUAGGACCACUUUAAGCCAUACACUCCACAGAGCUGGGCUUUAUAGAAGAGUGGCCAGAAAAAAGACGUUUGGUGUUCGCCAAAAGGCAUGUGGGAGACUCCCCAAACAUAAGGAAGAAGGUACUCUGGUCAGAUGAGACUAAAUUUGAGCUUUUUGGCCAUCAAGGAAAGCGCUAUGUCUGGCGCAAACCAAACACCUCUCAUCACACCGAGAACACCAUCCCCACAGUGAAGCAUGGUGGUGGCAGCAUCAUGCUGUGGGGAUGUUUUUCAUCGGCAGGGACUGGGAAACUGGUCAGAAUUGAAGGAAUGAUGGAUGGCGCUAAAUACAGGGAAAUUCUUGAGGGAAACCUGUUUCAGUCUUCCAGAGAUUUGAGACUGGGACGGAGGUUCUCCUUCCAGUAGGACAAUGACCCUAAUCAUACUGAUAAAGCAACACUCGAGUGGUUUAAGGGGAAACAUUGAAUUGUCUUGGAAUAGCCCAGACCUCAAUCCAAUUGAGAAUCUGUGGUAUGACUUAAAGAUUGCUGUACACCAGCGGAACCCAUCCAACUUGAAGGAGCUGGAGCAGUUUUGCCUUGAAGAAUGGGCGAAAAUCCCAGUAUCUAGAUGUGCAAAGCGUAUAGAGACAUACCCCAAGAGACUUGCAGCUGUAAUUGCUGCAAAAGGUGGCUCUACAAAGUAUUGACUUUGGUGGGGGUGAAUAGUUAUGCACGCUUAAGUUUUCUGUUUUUUUGUCUUAUUUCUUGUUUGUUUCACCCCCCAAAAAUAUUUUGCAUCUUCAAAGUGGUGGGCAUGUUGUGUAAAUCAAAUGAUACAAACCCCCCAAAAAUCAAUUUUAAUUCCAGGUUGUAAGGCAACAAAAUAGGAAAAAUGCCAAGGGGGGUGAAUACUUUCGCAAGCCGCUGUAGUUAGUGUGUUGGGUGCUUUUCAGUGUGUGUGUUUGAGUGUGCGGUGGAAGGAUGUGGAAUUUCUCAGUCGCUACUUCAUUGACCCCCAUCCCUGACCUGUGUGUGUUGGCAUUUAAGUGUCCUGGGGAAUGUAGAGAUGGAUCUUUGAAUGAACUCGGCAGUGUGAAACAGGGGGCAGGCAGGCCCCACUCUCCCUCACUCCUGUCCCGUAUGGAGGGUAGGGGGUACUCUGCCUUUACUGUAGUAAGGCCCUCUACCCUGGGCUCGGACCUUACUGUAGUAAGCCUCCCUGGAGGUUUGGGGAAAUGCUCAUCUGGAGAUGGCCCAUAAAGAUAAUGGCAAUGCAUGCAGGGGAACGUGGCCUUUCCUCCUCUCGGGUCAAAGUACACACACCCCGCACCCUUCUCCUGGCCAUGGCAAAUUCCACUGAGCGCCGGCAGGCCGCCACGGACCAAAGUCCAAACUGAAAUGAAGUGUCUGGAAAAAUUUCACUGCGAAGUGUCAAGACCACACACACACACUGGAGAGGGAGGCGGCGUCCAUGGCCAGCCAUUCCUUUGGGCUCAUGGCCUGACCAGUAGACAGAUAGGUGGAGGAGGCGCGAGGCGAGGAGCCGCGGCAUGUGUGUGUAGUAUUUGUCCAUAGGAGGUGGUGUCUCUGUUUGCGUUUCCCCCUCUGGGAAGACUCUCUGUGUAACUUUGUGUCCGUCUGUCUCUCCUGAUGUCUUGCUGUUCGUCUUCACUCUAAGUCGGCUCUGUUUUAGCCUCCAGCCUUCGGCUCGUAUGGCUAUACUGGGAACCCCCCCCCGCCCCAGGCCCAGAUAA